UUUACGCGGAGAAGUUACGGUAACGCACAAAACGGACGAGAACGGGCGAAAGGAACCAGACUCGACUUCGUUGGUUCGAGCGGGUUGUAUCUACUUUGUUCCCUGUUAUUUAGCAGCACAUUUACUGGCAAGGACCAAGAGGCCAUUCAGAGCAUCAUGGCACUGUCACGGAACGUCCCAAACAAAGAACAAGACGUGGACGUAAAAGACGGAGACGCUCCGCGGGUUCCACGACAAAGCUGCACCUCCACCGCCAGAGUUCUGACCCAGGAGGAGCUGGACCGGCUCCGCAGCGACCGGGCUCUGGUGUCCGAAUUCAAGCAGGUCAAGCUGGAGAAAGAAGCUCAGAGAAACUGGGAUCUAUUUUACAAAAGAAACACGACCAACUUCUUCAAGGACAGACACUGGACCACGAGGGAGUUCGAGGAGCUCAAAGCGUGUAGAGAGUUCGCCUCCCAGAGGCUGGUCCUGCUCGAGGCCGGCUGUGGCGUGGGAAACUGCAUCUUCCCUCUGCUGGAGGACGACCGCAGCAUCUUUGUUUACGCCUGCGACUUCUCACCACGAGCCGUUGACUUUGUCAAACAAAACCCCCUGUGUUGCCCGGAGCGCUGCUGUGCCUUCCAGUGUGAUCUAACCAAGGAUGAUUUGAGGGAGAACGUUCCUGAAGGCAGCGUGGACGUGGUCACUCUCAUCUUCGUCCUGUCGGCCAUUCAUCCGGACAAAAUGAAGCUGGCCGUGCAGAACAUCAGCAGGGUGCUGAAGCCUGGAGGUAUUGUGCUGUUCAGGGACUACGGCCUGUACGAUCACGCAAUGCUCCGAUUUAAAGCUGGAAGCAAGCUCGGAGACAACUUCUACGUUCGCCAAGAUGGAACCAGGUCCUACUUCUUUUCUAAAGAGUUCCUGAAUCAGCUCUUUGAGGAAACAGGCUUCCAGUCUGUUGCCACUGACUACGUCCUGAGAGAAACAGUCAACAAGAAGGAGGGACUGUGUGUUCCCAGAGUGUUCCUGCAGAGCAAGUUCACCAAGAUCAACCCAUCACAGAACUCCUGAUGUCAUGUGGCCCCCCGCGGACUGAUGCGGAGCUAAACCUGGAUCGGACAGAGACACUUCUGUUCUUAUGUGAAUUGAUUGUUGCUCACAUACUGAUGGCUUUGAAUCCUUCAGCCCACAGAGAUGCAGGUAGGUAAGAACGCUUCUUCCAACUAACGACCUGCUGUAUGCGGCGCAUAAGAGGAGCUUCAUGACGCACACCAGCUGCUCACGGACUGAUGAAGAUCAUGCUUUUAUUGUCCGAAAGAGAAAUGAGGAAAUUAAUGAACCCGUGUUUAAUUAAGUGUCUAAAAUAUUCUAGAUUUUAUUUUUACUGAAAAUGACAUUAGCUUAUUAAAAUGUUAUAAAUGUCAUGGAUUUUAUUGUUUACAAAUAAUAAAUAAUACAUCGAACUGUGGUUAAAAAACUGGAA